GGGCACCGGGCAGCGCAAGGACCCUCAGUAGCAGUUGCGACGCUGUGGAACACACACGGGAGCUGGUUCUCUCCUGUAUGUAGCCAAAAACCACCUUGCAGCACCAUGAAUGCUUCAGGUUACUGUCAGUUUGCUGAGCAUUACCUGCAACCUCCUUCAGUGACCGCUUAGUGCUGAUGACACAGUAACCAGGAAUAAUAGUUUCAUUGGCUCUGCAAGAGACAGUGACUCUGGUGUUAUAAUGCACAGGAGCAGCAGAGAACGAAGAGCCAAGUAGUUGUGUGUAGACUGGAGGAGUUCAGCUUCUUACUGCUUCAUGUCCAAAUAAAAAAAUCUCAAGUUUCACAUCUUUAAGAAGCUCAGAGUGAGUCAUAGACGAGGCGUGAUAUUUUGCUGUGUCUGACUUCUUUUUUAAUUACUGAAGUUUCCCAGGACACCAUCGGCCUAACAAGAUAUUGUGCAUCUGAAUGCCCGAGUGGUUCAUCUCAGUAGAGUGCAGCGAGUACCAAGAGGCAAGCUACACUUUCACCGCCAGGAUGGUGCUCCACAAAGUGAAUGAGGAGGACUGUCUUCGUGAAAAGGUCAUGAAGAAAAAAUACUACUGCAAGAACAACAAAAGAAAGAAGCAGCAGCCCUUUCCUGAAAAUGACACCUUCAAGUUUACAGACUAUGACUGCAUCGGAUUUGAUCUUGACAACACAAUCUGCCGGUACAAAGUGGGUGAAAUUAUGAGACUAGAGUACAACCUUAUCGCCGAGUAUAUGGUAAAUCGUUAUGGUUACGAACCAGAACUGCUCCUGCCUUUGGACGAUGAUAUGGAUUUCCUGCAGAAAGGACUCAUUCUGGAUAUCAAAAGGGGAAACUUUAUGAAGUGUGCAGAAAAUGGUCGUAUUCUCCGAGCCACUCACGGGACUCGACCCAUGACUAGAGAUGAAAUCCAUGACACCUACGGCAAAGACAGGAUCUGGGAGCCAGUCGUUGAGUUUAUGAGAACGCUUUACGAUCACCCUGUGCCCGGCGAAGUUCCAGUCCUGCGAUCAUUCAAAGACUAUCUUGAUUUACCAGCAGCUGUAGCCUGUGCAAGGGCGAUUGAUGCACAGGACAGCUCACCUGAAGGACCCCUGGAGGAGUACGACAUCUGGCCAGAUGUUCAUGUUGCCAUGUGCAACAUGUAUCGUAGAGAACAUUUCCGUAAUGACCAGGGAGGUUUCUUCCCAGAGAUUAAGAAUAACCCGGAGAAGUACAUUUAUGAAGCCAGUGACAAGUUAAAAAAGUGGCUCAAAGCCAUCAACGAACACACUUUCACAUUCCUUAUAACUGGCUCCAGCAUCGAUUAUGCCUCUCACAACGCCAGAUAUGUCCUGGGUCCAGAUUGGCGAGAAUACUUCGACAUGAUAAUAUGCACAGCCAAAAAACCUGGGUUUUUCUCUGGAGAAAGGCCUUUCCGCUUCCUCGUAGGAGCUGAUGAUGGCGACGCAGUUCCUUCACAUAAACUACGCAUCGACGGAAACUACUCAGGAGGCAACUGGAGAGAUCUAUUGAACCUGGUGAAGCAGGAAGCUUGCGUAGAUAAUCCACACUGCCUGUACGUUGGGGACCAUCUGGCACAGGACGUUAUAGCUCCAUCACUGAUGGGAAUUGACACAGUAGCCAUCGUGGAGGAGCUAGCAGCCGAGGGCAUGAUCGGGGAUUCCAUGGAGCACGACGCCGGAUGCGACCUAAUGAGUACCUACUGGGGAUCCUUCUUCACCACUGACGGCGACACUCGCGUCUUGGGGCUUGAGCGCAUCAACACCCUUUACGGCAGCGUGCCCCUGAGACACGCCCGUCUCGCCGUGCCCUCCCUGGAGGCUGUGGCGAGGUACCCCAUCAAGCACCAGUAUGACGCCUUCAGCCAAGACAGCUCCGGCUUCUUCCCCGGCGACCCAGUCGUCCUUCAUUUUUAAGGGUUCUGUUUGGCACUUGUUCAGGGCAUCAUUAUCUCUAAACACAUUGAUAUACUGUCAUUCUGCAGGAAGUCGUCCAUCUGUGUGAGUGGACCUGCCAGUUCCCUGCCAUAUGUUUGUUAUUUUGCUGCGUAGAGGUGACUUGUGUGUUUCACGAGUAAUAUAUAUAUAUAUAUAUAUAUAUAUAUA